CCCAAAUUUGAAGAGCGCCACCGAAGUGUUCAAUAGCAAACAAAUGAGAAAGGUCUCGUAUUUAUCUUGUGUCCGAUGUUCGAAUAAACAGUGGUAUUCAACUGCUUUCUCAACUGUGCAUCACGUUGCCUUUCUACCUCAUUACUUUCAGUCGAUGGUGGAGAUCAUCAGAGAAGAUAUACUUAACGAAUAGCAGCACAGACUUUAAGAAUGGAUUUGUAAAACAAGACUGAUCAAGGUAGAUGCAAGUCGGAUUACGUUUCAUUUCUACAUUGGUAACCCUAAUUCCGUCAUGACAAUGGCAGGAGUUUCACUAGGACGAUCAGAAGCCACUGCUGCUACCAUUACCGCAUUCCUGAUGCUUGGGAUUUUCGCAGUGUACCUCACAUCAACUGGCUAUCCAGGUGAAUUUCGUUACGCGGUUGAACCAGGAACCGAUCACUCCCGGUGCUCUUGCAAUCGUGGAAAUGCCGCCAUCCAAGUUCUUGAGGAACAUAAGUUGGACAGAACUGCCACUGGCAACCCCAUUAGAAUCAAAGCACCUGUAGCGAGCAGCCUCAUGUACCUCCAGCCCGGAAAAGAGCCUGUAUGUGAGGUUGGCCAAAUUGAUCGUGGAUGCUAUUGUAAGAUAGGCUCAAAUGUCUAUCCACCAGAAAGGAAACUUUUAAGCAAAGCUAUUCGGAAGGCGAGAGGAUGCAAGAAACGCAGACCCGAUGUAAUCAUUCCUGGCGUCAUGAAGUGUGGUACAACGGCUCUUAAAGCAUAUUUGGAAAUCCACCCUGCUAUUACAUUUCCAAAUAAAGAAUUAAAAUUUGCAAAUCAUCAUAGUUUAGAAGAAUUUGACCAGUACGCUGAUGUCAUGCCGUUUUCUACCCCCGAUCAGAUUGCUAUGGAGAAAACUGCUGGAUAUUUUAUCAGGAUACCGAUUGCAAAACGACUUCGAAAGGCCAUGCCUGAUACUAAGUUCAUUGUUAUUCUCCGUGAACCAAUAACACGUGCAGUCUCAAACUACAUGCAUAUGCUAGCGCUUAAUGCUUCGCAUCCAGGAACUAUAACCGAAGACAUGGACAAAGAUUCUUCUGCGCCAAGAUAUGAAAUCAAAUCUACAUUUCGUGACUCCGUACUUUUUCCAAAUGGAACUCUCAAAACGGCCAACCGCCUCUUAGAUUCAAGUCGAUAUUCCAAAUACUUAAAGCAGUGGUACACUAUCUAUCCUAGAGAACAAAUCCUUGUCCUAGACGGAGAAGAGUUUACACGGGAUCCCCUACCAGGUCUCCAACGAGUUGAGGAAUUUCUUGGAAUAGAUCGCUACUUUGAUGAUAACAAAUUUUACUUCAACGAGACGAAAGGAUUCAUCUGCCUUCGAGAUCCUUUUGAGAUGUGCAUGACAAGCAACAAAGGACGGCCGCAUGAAGAAGUCAGCGAGGACUUGCUGAAAAAGCUAAGGGAUCAUUUCAGACCUUUUAAUAGAAAACUAGCACAGGUUCUUAAUCGAGAACUCAGCUGGACGAAUUCUUACUAAACUGUAUAGAAAAAGCCUGGAAAUGUGAACACUUGUAGGAAAUAAGCGUUGCUGAUAUUCAGAGAGCUCCGAUGGAAUGGGCCUUAUUUAUUUAAGCCCUUUAUUAUUCUAGCUCGCGUUGGAGUUAUGGCCACAACAAGCUGAGUGGUUAAUUGGCAUGUAUUGAUAAUUAGACGAAAGCAAUAACAUCUCGGGCAACCCGAAAACUCUGGUGUAGCUGGCCCAGUUACAUGCUCCAUAAAUGCCUUGAAUCGGGACACCAUGUAUCCAGAUGCCACAAUGAUGAAAAAUGCCAACUUUGUAAUAACGCAGAGCAUAUGAAGAAUGACUGCCCACAAAACAAACGCCUACUCUAGGUAAUAACGUAGCAAUGCCUCGCACUUCACUGUCACCGCUACCACAACCUUCAGCACCUGGAAACCUCAAAGAUUCAACGCGGGCCGUCGAUACAGCGAAUCCAAGCAACAGGACGCGACAAACUCGUCUCGCGGACUUCAUUAAUAAGCUCAUUCAGCAACCGUCAGAGAGCAGAGAUACACCCGAGGCCAUCGAUCUCCGAUCGCCGUUGAGGACGCGAUCAGCUUCAUACAGUGCGGGAACCGCUUCGAGUAAUUCGCCUGGAGUAACGUACUGGUUGCACGCGAUCACAAACGAAGGCGAGUGGAACAACACCGAAACGUAACGACGAGGAACAGCGUGCACGGCAGUAAACAUACGAAAUACAUGAUGACGAAACAUAUAGCGCCCAAAAUCCUGCCGAAAAACCCAAAGUAUCUAAGACCAAGAAAAGGAAAAUGAAACCAAUAAAGAGCGAGAAGUGAGUUUAGAUUUGAGAAAUAUAAAUAUGAAGCAUUUGGAUUUUGAUAACUAUACAACUAUAUAACGGAGCCUAUUCACUUUUUUUUAUUCUGUUUUUACUAUAACAAAUUAAAGUCAAUUACAAGAUUUGCAAAUGAUUAUUAUGUGAUUGCAAAUUACACAUUGUAACGUUACACGUACGAGGAAUAUAUGACACACUUAAAAUAAAGCAUUUUUAGGGUUGAAACGUCAAAAUUGUGACCAUUACAAGAAACUUUUUAGUCAAAAGAUCUGGAAAAUGUUAUUUCAAACAAAUAGUAAGGUUUUGGAAUAUAUGACCAUAGAAAGAAACUCUCAGAAUGUGUAGCUAUUUAAUCAGAAAGGAUCUUGACAUUAAUGUUUUUACUAUGAUAUUCUAAAGGUGAUGGUAGUUCCAUUGCUAAGAUUCGUGAGUUAUGAUCUUGCUUAUUUUUGCCAGAAUGUAUAUUAGGCCUAUGCCCCUGCGAAAAAUACACAGUAGGAGUCAGUUUAUGCGUCACUGUAUAUGAUCGCAGGAGGAGACUGGAAUUGUGUGCAAGAUAAAACGUUAGAUGUCGUAUACAUACUUACGUAAAAAAUUUCUUUUUAAAUUUUGAAAUUGAUUAUGGAGAGAAAGCUUCCCAGAGAGGAGACAAUUUACUUGGAGGCAGUUAUCACUCAAAAUAUACUCACGGCUUGAUUAUUGGUUAGUUUCCAAGGCAUUUGUUCCUUAUGUACACUCUCUUGAUAUUAAACCAGUGUUAAAGUGCGAUCACAAUGCCGUGACGAUGAAACUU